ACCCAGGGAACCGGCGUUGGUCAUGACGUCAUUAUUGGGGUCACGAGGGGUUGACCUCAGGUGUGUGUUUUUUUUUUUUUUGCAUCAGUUUUUCAGGUUUGUUCCUGCUGAAGGUAAACAAAUGGACUCAGCGGCGGUUUGCGGUAAAAACAUGAAAAAUGUGAUCGCACCGCGCGGAUUAAAGCGAGUAAAAUGCCCGGACAGAAGAGAAGAUAUAAUGUACGGUUCCCUCCUAGUCGCAUCAAAAAGAUCAUGCAGAAGGACACAGAGGUGGGAAGGAUUGCGAUGGCGGUUCCUGUGAUCAUCUCUCGGGCGUUGGAAAUGUUCCUGAAGUGUCUGCUGACUGAAACCUGUCUGAUAACUCAGUCGAAGCUCAGCGCCGUCGUAUCUGUCGCUCAUAUGAAGCAGUGCAUAGAGUCAGAGAAGCUCUUCCACUUCCUCAAAGACCUGGCGGAGCAAGCCACGUCUACGGCAGGCCAGAAGGACAACAGAGGCAUGAGUGUGUGGCCGUUGUACAGGACCAGACAGCAUGACAUUUCUUUAAAAAAACGGCUGAAGUGGUAGAAAUGGCGCCACGAUCGAGCCUCGACUCACUGGACAACGACUCCAGCUCCAGUGAGUCGGAGCUCUACAUCUGCUUAUGACUGUGAGCGUUCAACCAGAGGAAAGAGCUGCGAACUCACAGCAGCACGUCAUUUCAUCACGUCACUUUUGUUUAAAAGUUCGUCUUUAAUCCAGCUUUAACCUGGUCCAGG